AUGGCCUCAAAGCACUUUCAGGUGAUCCCGCUCAGCUUCAGUUCGAACCUCGACCACUACAACCCCAACAUCCCCGAGUGGAGGCAGGACGUGGGGCAGACGGUCACCAGGAUCCUCUCCAGGAUCACGGGGGUCCCUCAGGAGUCUCUGGUCACCGUGGUGAAACCGGGGCUCCCCACCUCCGCCGACCUGUACGUACUUCCACGAGACCAGCAGCCGGUCAAACAGAGCCGCUUCGGAGACAAGCGCAUACCGUCCCUGAUCCAAGCCUUCAACGACAACAACGUGACGUUCAUGGUGCGAGGAGGUCAGCAGGUCCUGGUGAUGCUCGCCGACCCCAACGCAGGCUACCACGGUGCAGCCGGAGGUCCAGGUGUAUGGGCUGUCUGUGUCCUGUUCCUGGUCAGCGUCAUCGCCACCGGCUCCUUCAUCCUGUACAAGUUUAAGAGGAAGCUCCCGGUGAACAGGAACGUGUACGCACAGAUGCACAACCAGAAGGAGCAGGAGAUGACCAGCCCCGUGUGUCACAGCGACGACACACAACACAUCAUCCAGGGGGAGGAGUUUAUCGACGACGACCUGGACGCACACACGCUAGCAGGAAACCAUUGUGGUGUGGUCCUGAGCGUCACGUCCAGAGAGCUGCAGAGCUACCUGAGCAGCUGA